AAAAAAUACUGCUGAUUGUACGUAAAUAUUUAUUACGUCCAAGGAAAGAUAAUAAGCAAAAUUGCCACACCGAUUUACAGAGCAAAAUAGUUCACAUCUUCCCGUAAAAAGUUUAGAACGAAACCACUACGCGUAAAUUGAAAGAUGUUAUUCAACUUCAGCAGUUCUAAUUUCCCAAAGAAAAAGUAAAAGUGAUUCUAUCCUAAUUACUCGUUACGACACAGUCGUGGCAAUAUGAAAAAAAAUUAAAAAUAAUCCUGAAGAAAACAGAAAAUGACAUCCUCCUCCCAUGAAUUUUUUUUCAAUACGAUUUAUUUAUUGUGUUUACUAUACUUGCUAUGGCGACUGAGGAACUAUUUCAGGGCUGUAUUUUUAGCCUUCAAUCUUCCCGGACCUCACGCUCACCCUUUAAUUGGGAAUGCAUUGACUGUAAGAGAUAACAGAAAACUGGAAUACUACGGCAACAAUGCCCACAAGUUGUUCGGACCCAUCUUCCGUAGUUGGAUUUCCAUCGUACCGUUUUUCUUCGUGACAGAUCCUGCCCAUUUGCAAACGCUGCUAAGUAACGGAAGACUGACAAAGAAAAACAUGUUUUAUACUCUCUUGCAUAACUUUAUAGGUGAAGGCCUAAUCACGAAUAAUGGAGAAAAAUGGAAGCUUCAUCGAAAAUUAAUACAACCCUAUUUCCACAUAAAUGUUCUUGAAAAUUUCAUACCAAUUUUCGCGGAAACGUCCAAUGAUUUAUGUGCGAAAUUUGGCGACACAAAAGAAGUUAAUGUAACGUCUUUUAUCAAUGAUUGGGUAUUGGCUACUCUUCACAGAACAGUAUUAGGGAUAAGUAUGACAGACGACGAUUACAAAAAUUCCCCGUUCAGAAAAGGGGAGUUGAUUGUACCUUACAGGAUAUCAAGACCCUGGAUGCUGAUCGAUUGUAUCUUCAGUUUCACCAACAGUGCGGAUAAAGAGAAAAGACAGAGGACUAACCUGCACGAAUUCACCAAAAGGGUUUUGGAUGCUCAGAGAAAACAACCUGCUUCAGCUACGUCCAAGUUCGUCUCCUUAAUUGAGGUAUUCAUGAAUAUAUCGGAGGCUAAUCCUGAAUUCACUGAGCAAGACGUGAUUGAUGAAACCUGCACCUUCAUGUUGGCUGGACAAGAUUCUGUUGGAGCAGCAACUGCCUUCACGUUGCACUUUCUUGCCAAGCACGAAGAUGUCCAGAAAAAAGUGUACGAGGAGCAGUUUAGAAUUUUCGAGAAUGAUUGUAGACUUGUGACCACUAAAGAUUUGAGUGAAAUGAGGUAUCUGGAACAGUGCAUCAAAGAGACCAUGAGGCUGUGCCCAAGCGUGCCAAUCAUUUGUAGGAAACUUAACGAGGAUGUUCGAUUAGGAAAAUAUGUCCUUCCAAAGGAAACCAACGUGUUUAUUUCUCCCUUCAUCACUCACAGACUGGAAUAUUUGUAUCCAGAACCUCAGAAGUACAAUCCAGAUAGAUUUUCAACGGAAAACUCACAUAAUAUACACCCUUAUGGCUACAUACCAUUCAGUGCUGGCCCAAGGAAUUGCAUAGGUUACAAAUUCGCUAUGUUAGAGAUGAAAGCUGCAAUUUCCUCCAUCAUCAGGGAAUAUCACUUGAGUUUAGUGGAAGGAAAAAAAGAAACAGUGUUCUCUUAUCGCAUAACUUUGAGAUGCAAGGGAGGAAUAUGGAUCAAAUUCACCAGAAGAAAUAAAAAAUAACGAAGAGUUAAACCUCUUAUAAUUGCUCAAAUAUUCAAACGUAUUAAAGUAGUAAAACCCUUUCAGUUUUUUUCCUUCUUUAUAUUUUUAAUAAAGCAUUUUGUACUUACCUGUAAAAUAAGGAAUAAUGUGAUAUUUUUGUUUUAGAACAAUAAAAUUAGGAAUUUAAACAACUUUU